AUGAGACUGCAGCAGCAGCAGCAGCAGAAGACAACAGCAGCAGCAGCAGAAAACAGCAGCAGCAAGGAACAACAACAGAAGGAACAGCAGCAGAAGAAACAGCAGCAGCAGAAGGCAGCAGCAGCAGCAGCAGCAGCAGCAGCAGCAGCAGCAGCAGCAGAGCAACCCCACCACCUCGAAGGCACUGCUGCUGCUGCAGCAGCAGCAGCAUUUGCUGCACCAACAGCAGCAGCAACAGCAGCAGCAGAAACAGCAACAGCAACAGCAACAACAGCCACAGCGGCAGCAAGAGCAGCAGCAACAGCAGCCAUAGCAGCAACAGAGCAGCAGCAACAACAGCAGCAAAAACAGCAGCAACUGCAGCAACAGCAGCAGCAGCAGCAGCAUCAAGGGGCUACGGAUGAAGCGGGAAAGGUGCUGCAGCUCGCAGCAAGAGGGGGGUUUGCUGCAGCAGCACUGCAGCAGGCAGCAGCAGACUUGAGGAGGAUCAGCAGCAGCAGCAGCAGCAGCAGCAGCAGCAAGGAGGGUUCUGAGAUGCAGCAGCAGCAGCAGCAGCAGCAGCAACAGCAGCAGCUUGUUGCUCGUUCAGGACGGCUCUUCGGAAGCAUCUGCUUGCAGGCAACAGCAGCAGCUUGUUGCUCGUUCAGGACGGCUCUUCGGAAGCAUCUGCUUGCAGCUUUCGCUCUGCCGCCAGUUGCUGCUGCUCGCUCUGCUGCUGCUGCUGCUGCUGCUGUUGCUGCUGCUUCUGCUGCAGCAGCAGCAGCGCCUCGAUGUCAAGUAACCCUGCGGGCAGAGCGGUGCUGCAGCAGCUGCAGCAGCAGCAGCAACAGCAGCAGCAGCAGCAGCAGCAGCAGCAGCUCGCUGCGUUUAGUCGUGGAUGUGGGCUUGCUGCAGCAGCGGCUCACAACGGAUUUGCUGCUGCUGCUGCAGCAGCUGCUGUCUUUCCCGCUGCUGCUGCAGCUGCUUGCUGAUGUCUAUGUUCUUGUGGGGGUCUGCUUACAGCUGCUGCUGCUGCUGCAUGCAGCCAAACCUCAAGAAGCAGCAGCAGCAGCAGCAACAGCAGCAGCAGCAGCAGCAGCAGCAACGGGAUUUCCAUCUGCUGCUGGCUUCCGCUCCCCUGCUGCAGCAGAGCUGCUGCUGCUGCCGCAAAGCAGCGCAUGCAUCUUUGCCUGCAGCAACCCUGCUUGUAGCAGCAGCAGCAGCAGCAGCAACAGCAGGAGCAGCAGCAGCAGCAGCAGCAACAGCAGCAGCAGCAGCAGUCGUCCUGGUGUUGUUCUUUGGUUUGUUGAAUCAGCAGCAGCCAGCAGCAGUUUGCUGCUGCCGUUUGAUUCUCCCUUUCUCGCAGCAGCAGCAGCUUUUGUCUGCUGCAGCACGUCCUGUGCUGCUGCUGCUGCUGUCACUGCAGCAGCAGCAGCAGAAGAAACGCAUGCAGCAACAACGGCAGCAGCAGCAGCAGCAGGCCCUGCUGCUGCUGCUGCUGUUGCUGCUGCUGCAGAACGGGCGGUGCUGCUGCUGCGCACCUCGCUGUGCUGUUGGCUGGCGGGGCCUCCUCUCGCUGCUGCUGCUGCUGCUGCUGCUGCUGCUGCGGCUCCUCAAGGCUUUCUUGCUGCAGUGGAUGCAUAUGUUGCUGCAGCAGCACCAACCGCUGCUGCUGCUGCUGCUGCUGCACCUGCAAGCGUGCGGCAGCUGGCUGCUGCCUGCGGGCUGUGGCAGCAAACGAUCCCAGCAGCAGCAGCUUCUCUAGCUCAGCAGCAGCAGCAGCAACAGCUGCUGCUGCAGCUGCUGCAGCACCCUUUGCAGCAGCAGGGCCCGUUGCCGUUGCUAUUCGCAGCAGCAGCUGAUGCUGCUGCUGCUGCUGCUGCACCUGAAUUCAGAACGCCGCUGCUGCAGCAGCUGCAGCAGGAAGCAGCAGCUGCUCUUGCUGCAGCAGGAAGGCUGUGCUUAAGUGGCCUCAUUUCUGUCCCUGCUGCUGCUGCUGCUGCUGCUGUUUUCAAACCGAGCAGCAUAUCACUGCAGCAGCAGCAGCAGCAGCAGCAACAGCAGCUGCUGCCGUUGCUGCUGCUGAAGCCUCGGCUGUCUGUGGGGCUUUGGUGCCUAGCAGAAGCAGCAGCAACGGCGGAGGGAGACUUUCUAUCUUUCUCUGCUGCUGCUGCUGCUGCUGCUGCUGCUGCUGGUCCCGCACAGCUGCAGCAGCAGCUGAUGCAGCAGCAGCAGCAGCAGCAGCAGCAAGCAGCUGUUGGCCCAACGCCGCAGCAACCUUGUGCUGCUGCAUCUGCUGCAGCACCUAUCCCAAUCCGAAGCAGCAGCAGCAGCAGCAACAGCAGCAGCAGCAGCAGCAGCAGCAGCGGGUCUCGGUGGUGUUGGAUGCAUGCAGACAGGCACGGUUUGCUGCUCAGCUGCUGCAUCGCCUUUUAA